AUGUCCUUGAAUGUCAAAAUAACAGCCAUCCCAGACUUGAUCCGAGAUGAGUAUACUGACCUGGAUUGUAUUACAGAGACCUGUUUGGAUAAACUGGCUGAAAAGCGCGCCGCCGCCGCCGCUCCCUUCCCGUCGAGUCGUUUCCUGGGCCCGCUCUGUCGCUUUGCUUUUCAGCUUCGGAGGGAGCUGCGGCGGCGCUUUCUCUUUUUCGACGCCGGCCGGGUCUCUCUCUCGUGCGAUGGCGCCCCUUCCCGGCUUCCCUGGCGGGGGGCGGUUUCCGUCGGCGCUGCUGUUGCCGCCGCUGCUGAUGUUUUCCUCGCUGUCCAGAGUUCAAGCUUCAGAACUUCCUCUGAAUUUUUAUUUCCAAGUGAUUGCACCCAUCCACAUGUAGGCAGUGCUACCCUAAGAAGCGGGGAUCCAAAAGACAGUUAUCCUGCUGGGACUGUUUUGCGCUACUGUUGCAUUCCAGGUUAUGAGCCUAUUCCUGGAGAGACUCUUUCUCUUACAUGUCUUGACACUUCAAAAUGGUCAAUAGAAAAUCCUAGGUUUUGUCAAGGUAAGUUUCACUUAAUUAGAAGGCAAUGCACAGCUGUCACUAUAGAGAAUGGAGGAAUAGCAAUACCAAGCCCUAUGCAGAUAGGUGAUGAAAUAACUUUAGGCUGUAAUGAGGGGUACAGAUUGAUAGGCGAAAAGACUCUGCGAUGUGUGCUUGUAGGCGACAAAGCUGAAUGGCAUACAGACCCUCCAAUUUGCCGUCGAAUCCGAUGUUACGACCCUCCUAUCAUUGAGUUUGGCUCACACAGUGGUCAACCUCAUGAAGAGUAUCACUAUGGCUCAACAGUGACAUACACUUGUAAUGAAGGAUUCUCCCUUAUUGGAAGCCGAAAUAGUACAUGUUCAGCUUCUUUAACUACCGGUAGUACUGCUGGAGUGUGGCUCCCACGUCCGCCUAAAUGUAAAGUGGUCCGUUGCCGUGAACCUGAAAUAGAAAAUGGAAGAGUGACAACACCGACUCAGGAUAUUUACACAUAUGGAGAUCGUGCAUCUUUUGAAUGCAAUCCAGGAUACGUUAUGGUGGGGCGUAGCACUUGUACAUGCGGGCCUGCCCAUGCUUGGAUUCCUCGUUUUCCAAAAUGCGUUAGGGGUAAGUAUCUUACUACACCUAAUUGGGUUCCUUGAGAGGAAGUAUAGGGUAUAAAUUCAAUAAAGAAAUGUCAGAGCUAUUGUGUUGCACUUUACUGCAGAACAUACUUAUUUCUUUGCCCCCUCUGUUUUCUACCACCAAUGUUGCCACCAUCCAUCCAGAUGGAGGUCCCCCCCAAACAAC